GAGGAGAGAGGGAGCAUGGCAGGAGAGACGGAGUCUGUGUGUGUGAAGACCACCGCUGAGCAACAGCCUAAAGUCAACAGAUGCCCAGUGUCGCGGAGCGGCAGUCGGCGGGUACGAAGCACAUUCACCUCAGCGCAGCUAGAGGUGCUAGAGGCGUUCUUCCAGGAGAGCCAAUACCCUGACAUACAUUCCAGAGAACUACUGGCCUCCCAAACACAGCUGUCAGAGGCACGAGUACAGAUAUGGUUCCAGAACCGCCGGGCCAAGUGGAGGAAGACUGGAGCUCUGGGAGAGAGCAGGGGAUUGGACGAACUCUCAGACACCGACCAACAGUCUGAGAGGGUGGUGCCGCUUCCUCCGCUGAUUGGAUCCCUCCAAACCAGGCCACACCCACUACGGCACAGGCUCUUCCUCUCCAGGCCACACUACCAUCCCAUUGGUGUUUACCAGCACUUCCUGCCCAAGCUCCACCCAGCCCUGGUACCCUACUCUGAGCCCUACCUGCUUCCCCUCCCAGCCCAGUCCUAGUUGACACCAAUGACACACACCAUACCUGGACACACACUCAGCUGACAGACGCACACACUGGAUGUCUUGUAUGUCAAGUAUGUCUGUCCCUGUACAUAUGUGUUUUCUGUCUGUCCCUGUACAUAUGUGUUUUCUGUCUGUCCCUGUACAUAUGUGU